AAAGUGGUAAAACAUGGAGAAUGAAAAGUCAAGCUCGCAUUCUGAGAAUAAAACGACUGAGGAAGAUAAAAGUAAGAAGCGAUCCUAGAACAUUCGGCUCUGUUAUAUAUGUUGUGUGUAUGUAUAUGAUCACCUACCGUCUGUAAUUUCGGUUCAUCAAGCCUACUCAGGAACCUUAGUUUUAAGUAUUGUGAUUAAAUGGCAAAUGAUGUUGAGGAGUCGAGUAAUAGGCCUCCUGUAACGCCGUCUUCUACGGAGAAUGGCAACAUUGAUGCUGGGGAUUUUGAAUGCAAUAUAUGCUUUGAUUUAGCUCAAGAUCCAAUUGUGACUCUUUGUGGGCACCUAUUUUGUUGGCCAUGCCUGUAUAGAUGGCUCCAUCAUCACUCUCAUUGUCAAGAAUGUCCAGUUUGUAAGGCCCUUGUGGAGGAGGAUAAGUUGGUUCCGCUUUACGGGAGAGGGAAGACGCACACUGACCCUAGAUCCAAACCGAUUCCUGGGACUGAAAUUCCUAGACGGCCAAUGGGGCAAAGACCCCAAACUGCACCUCCUCCGGAAGCAAGCAACUUCCCAAAUGUUGGUUUGGGUCACAUCGGAGGUUUUGUUCCCAUGGCAACUGCAAGGUUUGGAAAUUUCGCGUUUUCUGCUGGUUUUGGUGGAUUAUUGCCAUCUAUUUUUAAUAUUCAGGUUCAUGGUUAUCCAAAUGGUACUGGGUAUGGUGCGGGUUUUCCCCAUGGGUUUUCUGGUGGGUAUCACGGGUUUCAUGGUCCUAGGGCUCCUAAUACAAAUCAAGCAGUUCGGGAAAAUAAUGUUUUAAAAAAUGCCUUUAUUAUCGUUGGUCUCCUACUGAUAUUUUCUUUGAUUUGGGGCUGAACAUAGUGUUGUGUUACAAUUUUAAAGUCUGUAGAAUUGUCUAAUCAUGUUCUGUUCCUAGAGGUUGUUCAUAUAAAACUUUGUCUAUGUUACUGUCAAAACUAAACAAUAUCCAUUAAGCCAUGCAAUAAACUACUUGCUUUUCUUGAGC